AUGGCUCACGUUGACCAGCUCCUGGAGGAGUACCUGCGUGUCAUCAACGCCAAGGACGAGGAGAUCCACGGGCUCAUCCGCGGCCUCGAGGAGCGCCGGUGUGAGCUGCGGAAGAAGGAGGACACGUACAAGGUGGAUGUGGCGGGUGCGCAGCAGCAGCUGGAGAGGGCGCGGCGGCAGCUGCGGAGGAUGUCGCAGAAGCUGCGGGCGAGUGAAGAGCAAGUCGACCAGCUGGUGCGGCGCAACGACGCCAUGAAGGUGCAGGCAGAGGCGGUGCAGCAGGAACUAACUGAGGCGACGAACCUGUUGGAGCUGAGCAGGGAGAGGCACGGGCGCGAGAUGGAGGAGGCGCGGCGCCAGCAACUCGCGGAAGUUCGGUCGCUUCAAUCCGAGCGCGACGCGCUAAGGUCGGAGCAGACCCACGCGCAGCAGCAGGCGGAGGCCGCGCAGAGGGCGAUGGACGCAUGCGCGGCGAGGGCGCAGCAGCUGGAUGCAAGGGAGGCAGCCCAUGAAGGGCUGAAGAAGGAGCUCGCCGACGUGCGUCGGGAGAUGGAAUCCAUGGUCCCGGCGCAAAGGCAUGCAGACGCCUUGGCAAAGUGUGAGGAGUCCAUGCGUUCCCAGAAGGCGGCGGCGGCGGCGGCGGUAGAGGGCUUGAACGCGCAGCUGUCGGAGGCGAAGCGGGUCUCGGAUGGGCGGCAGGGUGAACUUGACGAGUUAAAGGCGACGCAGGUGCGGUUGGAGAAGCGGCUGGCGGAGGCUUGCCAGGAGAAGAAGCGUGCUCGUCAACUUCUUGCCGCGGAGCGGGAGUCGGGAAAGAAUUUGGUUGUAAGCCAUCAGCGGGAAGCGGAGGCGGCCCGCACGGCGGCCGAGCAGGUCACGGCGAAGCUCACCGCCGCGACGGAGCAGCUGCAGCGCGAGCAAGCCAAGACACAGUUGUUGGAAGCACGACUCGUAGAUCUUUCGGAAGUGCUUGAGGAGGAACGGAAACGGUGCAAUGAAGAACGGGCAAAGGUGUCUUUGCAGUUGACCGGGCUGCAGAGCAAAGUGGCGGAGCAGCAGCAGGAGAUGGAGCGAAAGCAGCGAAGCUCAGAGAGGGGCACAGCGGAGCUGAAGGAGCUUCAUGCCGCUCUAGCCUCAGCGAAGGAGGAGUGCCUGCGCUGCACCGUCGAGCUCAGGGAGAAGGCGACACUCACGGCAGUGGAACGGGACCGGCUCCGAGAGGAUCGGGAUCGCCUGAGUUUUGAGCUAAAGGACGUGCAGCAUCAGCUGGGUACUCUAAAGGAGCGCUUCAUGGAGGAAAAACGAGUCCUCGUAACACGUAACGAGGAUGCCAGCAUCGCCAUCGAAAGGAUGAAAGAACAGCAGAGGGAAAGGGAGCAUCAGCAGCACGCGUUGGCUGCGACGCAAGAAAAGCGUUUGCAGGAAGUUGCAUGGGCCCAUAAGACGGAGCUGGCGGAGUGCAGGCGGGUGUUGGAGAGUGAGAUUAGUGAGCUGCGCCAGCGCCUCAACGCUGCGACGGCGCAGCUGGCGGAGGAAGUUGCCACUAACAAAGCGAACCAACGCGAGUUGCAGGCCGCAAAUGAGGCUGUGCGAUGCAUCCGUGAGGAAAGUGAGAAACGUGCCUGCGAUGCUCGUGAGUCCGCCAGGGCUUUGGAGGAUGCGAGGCGCGAGUGCGCGACUCUGCGGGAGGCGCUGGCAAAGCAGCAGCAGUUGGUCGAAGUCGCCGCGGCGACUGAGGCGCGGCUGCGGAAGUCGCUGGAGACGGUGGAGGGUGACCGCGCGGCGGACGCCAAGCGGCAUGAGUCCACCGCCUCGGCCCUCGGGGAGGCAAAGGAGCAGCUCGCGGCAAGUCGCAGUGAGGCUCAGCAGCUUCGGCGGGAACUCGCGAAGGCGCAGGAGGAAAACGCCAAAAGCGAGCCGGUGGACACCGCCGCACGGCUGCGUGAGACCCGGGGGCGCGUCGAGCAGCUGGAGCGGGAGUUGGCCGCUGUGCGGCAGGAGCGGCAGCAGCAGAUUGCGUCGUUGGAGAAGUUGGGUGCGGCGUACGAGGCCGCCCAAAAGGCGGGGCGAGACGCCGCGGACGAGCUUCACCGCCGCGACGCAGAGCUGCAGCAGAAGACGAUGGAGUGCGCACGCGUCGCGCAACACGCGAACGAAGUGGAGCAACUCGCCAAGCGCAGCUGCGAGGAGUUGGAGCGGGAGCUGGCCCGGCGCGACGCCACCAUUGGCUCGAUGCAGCAGGACGUCGCGCUGCUCGCGGGGGAGCGGGCGAAGGUGGCGGUGCUCGAGGAGCGGCUCAGCCACCAGGCGGACCUGAGCCGUCGUGACGCCGACCUCCUCCACAACCGCAUCGCCUCGCUGGAGAAGGAGCUCGACGCACGCGACGCGCAGCAGCAGCAGCAGGCAGCGGACGCCGAGGAAAUGGCGGAGCAGCUGCGUGCCUUGCAGAGUCGCGCGGGUGAGCUGGAGGAAACGGUGGCACAGAAGGAAAAGAAGCACGCCCUACGGAAGGAGGCACUCCGCAAGGCACUCGAGGAGGUUGACGUCGCCGUGGAGCAAAAGGCCGCGGCGGAGCAGAUUUUGUCAAGGGCGAAGACGUCACGCGAGAAGAGCGUCGAGGCCUACAAAACUGAAGUGGAGCGGCUGCAGGAGCAACUGCAGGUGGCUCGUGCCGCGCAGCACGCGGCGGAGAUGCGGCUCUCGUCACAGGAAGAGGCGCUGGCGGAGGCAACGAGGAAGUUGUGUGACACGCAGGAGGCGCAGCAGCAGCGGCUAAGGCGGUUGAAGGAGGAGCACGCCGCUGCCCUUGCCAGUGCUGCCGAGGAGUUAAAUACGACACUGGAGCGCGUGGAGGCCUUGACUCAGGAAUUGACGCAGGCACGACAGGCGCUGCGUGAUGUGGAGGAGGCCAAGGAAGAGGCAGUGUGGCAUGCCAAGGAUAGCCAGCGCAGGCUGCUCGCCUCAUACAGUCGCCUUGUCACAAACAUGGCUGAGGAGUCCAUGAUGACGAAGGAAAUGUUUGGUGACUUUGUCAUUGCCGUCACAACUCGCUCCUUCUAUCAGUUGAGUAAGCUUGCGCAUGACGCGUGGGACACAGCCGCGUUGUUUAAGCGGCAGUGCGGCGAGGGGCUGCGGCAGCAGCAGGCAAGGAUGGAGCGCGAGAUGGACGAAUUGAGCCGGGCCCACGCCGAUGCGGUGCGGCUGCUGCGGGAGGAGCGAAAUGGGGAGGUGGCGAAGCUGGAGCUGCAGCACGGGGCCGACGUUGCGCAGUUGCGUCAGGAGCUGGUCGGCGCCACGGAGCAGGCCUCUCGCGAGCGGGAGGCGGCACUGAGGGAGUGCCAGCGCAAGGAGGAGCAGCUGCAGCGCGAGCGGACGGAGCUGGAGGGGGCGCGGCUGGAGAUUGCCCACCGCGGGGAUCAGAUUACGGCCUUGAGGGAGCAGCUCCGCGGGUUUGAGCAGCGGUCGGAGACGGAGCGAACGAUGCUCGACCAGGAGAAGCGAACCCUGCAGCAGCAGCAGGAGCGCAUCCGCCGCCGCCUGGACGAUCGCACGAUGGAGCAGAACCAGAGCGAGGUGGAGGUGCGGGAGCUGCGCAGCGAGAUCUCGGCGCUGCAGCACGUGCUGCAGGAGAAGGAGAAUGCGCUGGCAGGCGAGCGCGAGCGGGCGCGUCAGGAGAGCCGUCGACUGACGGCCCUCUCCGCCGCCAAGGAGACGCUGCAUGGACAAAUAGAAGAACUGCGAAGGCAGCUGCAAGCGCUGCAGCUGCAGCUUUCGGUGGCCAGGCAGGGGGCGCAGCAGAGCAGCCACGCCGCCGCCUCGCAGCAGAGUCGACUGGAGGAGCGUGUCGCGGAGCUGACAAAGACGCUCCACGCGGUAGAGGCGGAGAAGCGGCGCCUUGAGCGUCAGACAACCAAGGACGAGAAGAAAAUUGCGCUUCUUGAGAACGAACUCGCGGAGUCGCGGAAGCGUGAGGCCGAACUGUCAAGCCAACUGCAAGCACGCAAGGCUGAGAACUCGGCCUUGAAGGAACGCUGUGCGAAUCUGGAAUCGCUCAAGCACAUUGGCGAGGUCACCCUUGCCGAGACACGUCUGCGGGAAAAGGACCUCCUUGAAAAGAUUGAGGAGCUGCGCUCCGCGCAGCAACUGAUGCAGCUUUGCUUUGAUAAGCAACAAGAGCAGCUGGAGGUGGGCCGCCGAAUGCAUGAGCAAGACGUCAAUCGAAGUGGAUUACUGUACAAACAUGAUAGUUGA